GCUGGUCUGUGCUCAGUGUUUUCGUGGUGAUGCAAGUCGACUCUCUCCUCCAGCAGUUGGAUCCCUCCCAUCUCACAGCACCUCACAGGUCUCUUCCCCGAGCAGUGCAUUGCUGGAGCGAGGAGCAGCUCACGAAUCAGCUGCAGGUCCCUGUUUUGAAAAGCAGAUAUACAGAGGCAAAGGAAAAGGGUGGACUCCUCUGUGACCUGGUCUUAGAGCAAGAUAAUCACCAUCUGAAUUCCAGAAGCCCUGUUCAUGUUUGGGGAUAUUUUUUCGGCUGCAUGGAAUCAGAGAGAAGCCAAAGGAUGGGAAAUGCCUGCAUCCCCCUGAAAAGAAUUGCUUAUUUCCUAUGUCUCUUAUCUGCGCUUUUGCUGACUGAGGGGAAGAAACCAGCGAAGCCAAAAUGCCCUGCCGUGUGUACUUGUACCAAAGAUAAUGCUUUAUGUGAGAAUGCCAGAUCCAUUCCACGCACCGUUCCUCCUGAUGUUAUCUCAUUAUCCUUUGUGAGAUCUGGUUUUACUGAAAUCUCCGAAGGGAGUUUUUUAUUCACACCAUCGCUGCAGCUCUUGUUAUUCACAUCGAACUCCUUUGAUGUGAUCAGUGAUGAUGCUUUUAUUGGUCUUCCACAUCUAGAGUAUUUAUUUAUUGAAAACAACAACAUCAAGACCAUUUCCAGACAUACUUUCCGGGGAUUAAAGUCUUUAAUUCACCUGAGCCUCGCAAACAACAAUCUGCAGACACUUCCAAAAGACAUUUUCAAAGGCCUGGAUUCUUUAACAAAUGUGGACCUAAGAGGGAAUUCAUUUAAUUGUGACUGUAAACUGAAGUGGCUGGUGGAAUGGUUAAGCCAUACCAAUGCAACUGUCGAAGACAUCUAUUGUGAAGGUCCUCCAGAAUACAAAAAACGAAAAAUCAAUAGCCUCUCUCCCAAGGAUUUUGAUUGCAUCAUUACAGAAUUUGCAAAGUCUCAAGACCUGCCUUAUCAAUCACUGUCCAUAGAUACUUUUUCUUAUAUGAAUGAUGAGUAUGUAGUCAUUGCUCAGCCUUUUACUGGAAAGUGCAUUUUCCUUGAAUGGGACCAUGUAGAAAAGACCUUCCGGAAUUAUGACAACAUUACAGGCACGUCCACUGUAGUGUGCAAGCCUAUAGUCAUUGAAACUCAACUCUAUGUUAUUGUGGCCCAGCUGUUUGGAGGUUCUCACAUCUAUAAGCGAGACAGUUUUGCAAACAAAUUCAUAAAAAUCCAAGAUAUUGAAAUUCUCAAAAUCCGAAAACCCAAUGACAUUGAAACAUUCAAGAUCGAAAACAACUGGUACUUUGUUGUUGCUGACAGUUCAAAAGCUGGUUUUACCACCAUUUACAAAUGGAACGGAAAUGGAUUCUACUCCCACCAGUCCUUACAUGCAUGGUACAGGGACACCGAUGUGGAAUAUCUAGAAAUAGCCAGACCACCGCAGACACUCAGGAUGCCUCAUUUAAUCCUGUCUAGUAGCUCCCAACGUCCUGUAAUUUAUCAGUGGAACAAAGCAACACAAUUAUUCACUAACCAAACCGACAUCCCUAACAUGGAGGACGUAUAUGCUGUAAAGCACUUCUCAGUAAAAGGUGAUGUGUACAUUUGCUUGACAAGAUUCAUUGGCGAUUCCAAAGUAAUGAAAUGGGGAGGCUCCUCAUUUCAAGAUAUUCAGAGGAUGCCAUCAAGAGGAUCCAUGGUGUUUCAGCCUCUGCAGAUAAAUAACUACCAAUAUGCAAUUCUUGGAAGUGAUUAUUCCUUUACUCAAGUGUAUAACUGGGAUGCAGAGAAAGCCAAAUUUGUGAAAUUUCAGGAAUUAAAUGUUCAGGCACCGAGAUCAUUCACCCAUGUGUCUAUUAAUAAGCGUAAUUUUCUUUUUGCUUCCAGUUUUAAGGGAAAUACACAGAUUUACAAACAUGUCAUUGUUGACCUAAGCGCAUGACACCCAGUUCUGUGGCUGCCAUCAGAAACUUUCUACAGUACCUGAUCCGGAUGAACUCAAUGCAUGAUGACUCUUAUCACAUUCGCAAAUGAAUGCCUUUCAAACAUUGAGACUGCUAGAACCAAGCACUACCAGUAUCUCCAUCCUUAACUGUCCAGUCCAGUGAUGUGGGAAGUUCCUUUUAUAAGACAAAUUGAAUCGUGUAACUGUUCUUUGCAGUGAAGAUGUGUAAAUAAGUGUUUAAUGGUAAAUGUUAUUCAAAAAGAGAAAUAUUAAGAUGUACUUUUCCAUUUAUUUAUUCAUGUGUUCAGAAACAACUGCCAAAUAAAAUGUUUACAUUUUCUUUCAUAUCCCAAAGGUAAUUAUUUAUAAGAGUUGUUUUAUUUUUGUGAUGGUAUGCCGAGGAAAUAGUUUUAUACAUCUGGAUAUGUUGUUCUAUUUGGAUCAAGAAUUUCUGCUGUGAAUAAUGUAUGAAGAUGAAACCCUGAUACUGGUUACCCAUAAUUUAUGAAUAGGUUCAUCUGCUAAUUUUGAACAUUCUAAUGUGUUUCAAAUAGCUUUUAGGAAUGCUUUGAAGUGAAAUGGUGACAAAUUAAAAGCUGGGUAGAAAAAAUUUCCUAUUAUAAGAAGAUUCAUUUGAAAUAAAGAAUAGUAAGAAGA